AGUAGCAGUUGCUUGCUUCUUUUGAAGAUUCAGACUUCAGAGAGGCUUGGUGAGUGUGUAAAAUGGGUACCAUGGACUACUUGGCAAACCUACUCUCUGCUUCAACAACACUACUAGUCUGGAAUCCCAGGAAGCUACUCAAGCCCCACAGCUUUAAACGAUUCAAGAUUCAAGCUCAAACUCACCGCCCAUCACAGAUCGGCAUUGCAAAGCCAAGAGAUGAUAUUCAGGGAUUUGUUUGGCCUUCUCCAACUGAUGAGAUCCCAUUUUGGAAGAAGCAGUUUCCUUCUUGGGAUGCGAACUCGGAACUUCCCUCCGAACAAACCAAGGACUCCAAACUCAUGGACAUUGUUCAUGUUACAGCUGAAAUGGCACCAAUUGCCAAAGUUGGUGGUCUUGGUGAUGUUGUAACUGGACUGGCUCGAGCAUGUUUAUCACGUGGCCACACUGUGCAUAUAAUGCUUCCUUUCUACGCUUGUAUCCACAAGCAUCACAUCAAUAACUUGACGUUAAUCACAACAUAUAACUCUUAUCAUGAUGGAAACUGGAUCCCCACUAAUGCAUAUCACGGGGUGGUUUCAGGAAUCCCGGUUAUAUUUAUUGAACCAUCUUGUCACUUCUUUAAGGGGCUUCAGGUGUAUGGGGGUUCAUACGAUGAGCUGGAGGCAUAUAUGUUCUUUAGUCGUGCUUGCCUUGAGUGGAUGCAGCAGGUGACUGGAACACAACCUGAUAUCAUUCAUGUCCAUGAGUGGCAAGCUGGUGCUUUACCCAUACUUUAUUGGGACAUGUAUCAUCAUCUUUCACUCAAGAAGCCAAGAAUAGUAUUGACAAUCCAUAACAUGGAGCACUACGGUGAAUGUAGACGAGAACAACUCAGCAUGUGUGGUCUUGAUGGAUCCCUCUAUGCAACCUUUGACAAGGCAGUUGAUGAUCGAACUGUUGGUCACAAUCCUGAAAGGUUAAGCUUGUUGAAAGGUGGAAUUGUCUACAGCAAUGCAGUAGUUACAGUUUCUCCAACAUAUCUCAAGGAGACACUCUGCUCUGGAUGGCUUUCAAGUACAUUGAUGAGAAAUCAUAAUAAGUACUUUGGUAUAGUAAAUGGAAUAGACACGACGUUGUGGAACCCUUCUACUGAUGUUUUCUUGCCUUCAAAUUUUGAUGUUCAAAACUCUGAAGGCAAGAAGUUCUGCAAAUACUAUGUUCAAAGGGGACUUGGUUUGGCCUCAGGCAAUCAUGUGACAGAUACUACUCUCAACGGGCCUUUGGUUGUCUGUAUUACUCGCUUAGUUGCACAAAAGGGUCUUCAUUUGAUUACUCAUGCGAUCAAGCAAGUUGAGGAACUAGGUGGACAGAUGGUUGUACUCGGAAAAGCCUCGGAUCACCGGGUUGAAAGAGAAUUCGAUGACCUUGCAAAUUCGCUUAACCAAGGUCGCAGCAUUCGGAUUUUAUUGAUGUAUAGUGAGGAGUUAUCCCACUUGCUUUAUGCUGCUGCAGACAUUGUUCUAGUUCCUUCAAUGUAUGAGCCUUGUGGACUGGCCCAACUGAUUGGCAUGCGUUAUGGGGCAGUGCCACUAGUUAGAAAGACUGGUGGUCUUGCGGAUACAGUCUUUGACAUGGAUGAUGAGUCAAAUCAUGAGAUGGCAAAUGGGUUUGUUUUUGAAGGAAUAGAUGAAGCUUCCCUGAAUUAUGCUCUAGCUCGCGCAUUUGCAUGCUAUAAAAACCAGCCAGGAGAGUGGAAUCGCAUUGUGAAGAAGGUAAUGAAGAUGGAUAACAGCUGGAACAACACGGCUGGCAAGUACGUUGUGAUUUAUGAAUCAGUUACAGCAUCAUGAAUCUCAUGAUGGCAAGUAUGUUUCUUAGCUACAGAAGCUUCAUCGCCAAUUUUCCAAAGCCUUUAGUAUGUGGUUAACCAAGCGCUUCCUACCAUCAGAAUCGAAGAGUGGGUACAAGGGACAGAAGGAUCUUCUUUAUAUAUUUCACUUGUAAAGAUCUAGAUGUAGUUCCACAAUCUGAAAACACUCACCAGAUAUUACUAAAAUGAUUGUCCAGGAUCCGAAAAUACACCCAUUAGUGUGCUUAUAAGAGCCAAUCAGGGCCAACACAUAAAUUUGAAUUAGAGGAAUUUCAAUGUGACUAUUGAGAGCAGAAUUAAAAAGUUUUUUUU